GGAAAUUUACUUGUUAGGCGGCUCACAAAAAAAAUAAAUAAAUAAAUAACAGGAUUAAGUGCAGAAGCAAGAAGUGUUAUGUGGCGCUGACAUCACAGUUCCCUUUGCAGUUGUGUGUGAGAGGCGGACAGCUGAACCACAGACACGAACUGACUGACAGGCAAACGCGCACACAGCGAGCCACAGACCUCCUCCGGUGCUCCCGAGCGACAAGAUGUGGCUUCGAGAGGAGCUUUUGAAGGCCAUAUGGCACGCUUUCACGGCCCUGGACGUGGAUCAUCGUGGAAAAGUUUCCAAGUCUCAGUUAAAGGUGCUGUCCCACAACCUGUGCACAGUGUUGAAGAUCCCUCAUGACCCUGUGGCCCUCGAGGAGCAUUUUAAGGAUGAUGAUACAGGGCCUCUGUCCAACCAUGGCUACAUGCCUUACCUCAAUAGGUUUAUUCUUGACAAGGUACGGGAGGAUUUUGAUGUACAAGAGUUUAACAAGAUGUGCUGGACACUGUGUUGGAAGAAAAAUAUCUGCACUAAAAGUCUGCUCAUCACAGAGAAUGAUGCUUUCAAAGUCUGGUGCAUUUUCAACUUUCUGUCAGAAGACAAAUAUCCACUAAUCAUCGUCAUUGAAGAGAUUGAAUACUUUCUGCGAAAGCUGAUGGAAACCAUGGGGGGUGUUUGGAGUGAGGAGAAGUUUGCAGAUUACAAGUUUCACCUCAACACGAACUCCCUGACUGCCUGGGAGCUGAUUGAACUGGUGGGGAUGGGUUACUUCAGCAAGGGCAUGAACCACCAGACCCUGUCCCUGGGCAUCAGUGAAGUCUUCCAGGAACUCAUAUUGGAUGUGCUCAAGCAGGGAUACAUGAUGAAAAAGGGCCACAAAAGGAAGAACUGGACUGAACGCUGGUUUGUCCUUCAACCCAACUCGCUGUCGUACUAUGUCUGUGAAGAUCUCAUGGAGAAGAGAGGAAACAUCACUCUGGACCGAAACUGCUGUGUGGAGUCUCUGCCAGACAAAGAUGGGAAGAAAUGUCUGUUUAUCAUCAAGUGCACUGAUAAAAGCUUUGAGAUCAGUGCAUCAGAUAAAAAGAAGAAGCAGGAAUGGAUUCAAGCUAUCCAGACAUGCAUCCAGCUACUGAGGCUGGGGCUGCCCUCUCCUCACCGUGAGGCCCGGCAGAGGCGCAGGGAGCUGCGGCAGAGGCAGCACACCGAGGUGGAGGACCUGGUGGUGAAGAUGAUGAAACUCCAGGCAGCCAAUGAGAACAAACAGAGACAGCUAGAGGCCAUGAAAGAGAAAAUGGAAGAAGCUGCGGCUAAAGCAGCAUUAGAGGAGCAAAGGAGGAAGCAGACUCAGUUAGACCUACAUGAUCGCUACAGACUGGACCUGGAGAGAGAGAAAAUGGUGCGCCAGCAGAUGGAGGAGCAGGUGGCUCAGAAGUCUAGUGAAGUGGAGCUGUACCUGCAGCGUGUCCGGGAGCUGGAGGACAUGUACCACCGGCUGCAGGAAGCAUUAGAGGACGAGAGGCAGGCCAAGCAGGAUGAGGAGGCCAUGCGAAAACUGCAAGCCAGGUUGCUGGAGGAGGAGGCCACAAAGAGGGCAGAGCUGGAGCAGAUGCACCUGCAGCAGCAGAGAAUGCUGUCUCAGACCGAAGCUGAGAAGCAAGAGCUGGUAGCUGAACAGCUGGCCAAGGAGAGGGAGCUGGAGGCAGCCAUGCUGCACCUUGAGAGACUGGAGAAGGAGCGACAGGGAGCACUGGAACAGUAUGAGGAGGUGUCGAGGAAGCUUGAACGAGCAGCUAAUAAGACAAGGACUUGGAAAGACAAGGUGGCCAAACAUGAGGGGCUGGUGCGGCUCAUCCAGCCAGGUCAUAAAGAACCUCAGAGGAUCACUAACUGGGGUCCAGCAUCGGUCACUGACACUGAGCUGGAGAUGAGGAAGAAGUCAUGGCAGGAAAGUAAGAACCAAGGGGCUCAGCCUCAGUGAACACUCACUGUGAUCGAUGGAUCACACAUUGAUCUGGAAAACUCUGACUGCAAUCAACUGUGGAUGUUUCAGGUCUGAAGAAGUUUGAUAAUGUGAACAUACAGAGCCACAUGAUAGCUGAAAAAAAUGCUUUACUCAUUGGAUUUUGGGCUUCUUUUAAAUGUACAGCUUUGAUUAAACUGCAUUUCACCAGUUGGUUUUAUAACAAAAAAUAUCACAUUCAAGCAUCAAAGGUUUAUUCUUGUCCAUGGGAGUUGUAGUCUGACAAAAUAAAAUCAAAAUAAUCUUAACUCAUGGUCCACUUACUAGCUUUUCUCUGGUGAUGAUGGAUCACGUGAUGACAUUUGAACCAUUUCUAUGAUGAGAUGUGGGUGAAAGCCCCAGGAAAAAAAGCCACAAGUGGAACUUGAGUUAAAAUUAUUUUGUCAGAAAUUCAUCUUCUUCAACAGCUUUUAUUUUGCUCAUUUGAAUUUAUUUUGUAAUUUUAGUCCAUCAUUUCUCAUUUCAUGCGCAAUGUUUUAUUUAACUACCUUGCAGUUUUUUCACGUUUUGUGUUUGAGAACUGACUCACAGUGAGGUGCAGACCAGUGUCAGCUUCAAUGCAAGUCUGUUAAAAAAAAAACACAUCACGAGCUCUUCUCCAGUGCACCACGCUUUAUUCAUUGAACAUUUUCAGCUGUCUUGUCUUCACCAGGAUGGUGUCUGAGGCUGUUUCCUUAUUUACAAUACUUUGAU